AUGUCAUUACGUCGCACCCUCCGUGGCCCACCGGCUUUGCUUUCCAGACAGAAGGCCAAAGAGGCUGCCAAACUGGCUGAAGCCCGUGUGGAAAUCAUUGCAGGUCUUAAGAAGACCUACGAAAAUCUUGACCAAGACCACGCUGAUUAUCUGGAAACACAGUUUCUGGACUCGCAGAGUGUCAAGGUCGAGUCACUGAACUUCAAGGCAGAUGGGGAUUAUGAUAUGCAAUCACAACCAAUCUUCUUCCAGCCUAUGCCACGUGAUAAGCUGAUUGAUCACCCCAUCAAUGAUGAGUCUGAGGAGACUAAAGAAGACUUGGCAGUAUUGGAAGGCUGUAUUGAACCUAAUGAAGGCGAUGACUACUUAUCCCGGGCUGACUUCAUGUGCUGCACCCUGGGAUUAGAGUUGAGACUGGAUCUAUCUGGCAGUGAGAGCCAUCUUGAUCAGCAGAAUGACUUUUCAUCUACGAAUAACAUAUGGAUUGCGAAGAUCGAACUCGAUCGACUGAGUGUUAUUUCGGACUUGUAUUGUAAUCUUUCAAUGUUAGAUACCUUCCUACCUAGUACCUACUAG